AGCGCUGGGAGCAGAAAGAGGCGGGGAAGCAGCAGCAGCAGGAGGAGGAGAAGCGGGUUUGGAGUCGAGCUCGCCAGUAAGUUUCUCCGCGGCGGGGACGACGGGAAAUGGCUGCGGCGACGGCUGGUGCUUCGGGAUGAAGGCUCGUUGAGUGCUUCUGAAUCUAGCUUUGAACAUUUUGGGGCCAAGGAUUUGCAGAAGAGGUGACUGGAGUUGUUAAUGGACAUCUGUUUUCACGGCAUGGCCCAAAUAUCUAGCAGCAAUGAAGUCAAACAGCGUUCAUCACCAUCUUUGGGCACAGCAAAGGCAAAAGAAGUGGACAAAGAAGAGGCGCUGCAGAUGGAAGCUGAGGCUCUAGCUAAGAUGCAAAAGGAAAGAGUGGUAGCUGGUAACAGACAAAGUGUUGACAUUUUAAGCAACUCUUGGCCAACUGUACAAUCCCACAGGAAACAGGACCGUGAUCUUAUGGUGUUUCCAGAGUCCGAUGCCAAGAGAAAGAUGGAUGAUAAGUUAAAUACAAUUGAGAUAGAAAAACUAACCCAUGCUGAGCUAGAGAAACUACUACUUGAGGACAGUUUUGAGUCAAGCAAACAUACUGCGUUGCCAGCAACUCCUAUUCUGAGUUCAUCAUUUUCUUCACAGUUUUAUGCCAACCCUACUAUUCAAAGCGGACAGUGGACACCUGGGUUUCCUGGGCCUUCUACUUGCACUGUACCUUCUAUUUACCCAGCAAAUUCUUACAGCAAACAAGUUGGUAUCUUUCAGAAUGGCUUCCAUCCAGGUAUGUCCACUUACCAGUCUUCAAAGCCUAUUUAUCUAAGUCUUCCAGAGAGGUCCCAGUACGUUUCCUAUGCACUGCCUGCUACUUCAGCCUUCCAUCCACAGAGAAGUUUGCCUAUAUAUCAUCCAACACUUACCCCUGAAAUGGCAAAAGUAUUUGAUAAGAUAGCAAGCACUUCAGAAUUUCUGAAAAAUGGGAGAUCAAGCACAGACUUAGAAGUGACGGCUACUAAAUCUACAGUUAACUUACCAACCUCUGAAAACUCCAGUGAUAUUAGUAAAUUUGAUUGGUUAGAUUUGGAUCCUUUAAGUAAACCAAAAGUCGACAGUAUGGAUAUAUUGUAUACGGCAGAAGAUGGUGCAAAGGUGGCUUGUAGUACAGUUGUAGAAGAUCCUUGGGAUGCUGUGCUACUGGAGGAGAAUUCCCCAGGGAAAUGUCGUCUUGAAAGAAAAGUUAGUGGGAAGUCUUCUUCUGGGGCAACAGUUACAAGAAGUCAGUCUUUAAACAUUCGAACCGCUCAGCUUACUAAGUUACAGGGCCAAACAUCACAGACUGACAAUGGGACCAGUAACCUGCCAACAGGAAAUAAAUUUAUCAAAAAUGGUGAUGGCCAAGAUCAAGAACAAGCAGCAUUUUGUGAUGCUAUUGCAAAGUUGAGGACCACGUUUCCCCAUGACAAUCAUGAUACAAACUCAGGCUUUGUGUUGAGCCCAGUAAUGUUGCAAAGAAACAUCAGUGGAGAGAACUCGAGCAUCAAGAUUUCAAUAGAAAUUGAAGGUUUCCAACAGCCAGUGAUAUUUACAUGUGAUGCAAGUUCUCCAGUUGAGCUUAUAAUAAUGCAAGCACUUUGCUGGGUGCACGAUGACUUGAAUGAUGUAGACAUUGGCAGUUAUAUCUUGAAGGUUUGUGGACAAGAAGAAGUUUUGCAGAAUAAGCACGGUGUAGGAAGCCAUGAAUACAUUCAGAACUGCCGAAAGUGGGACACGGAUAUUAAACUGCAGCUCUUGACCCGUAAUGUUAUAUGCAGAGAUUUGGCACGAACAGAAGAUGAUGACAGUACACCUGUAGAUUUGACCAAGCAUCUUUAUCAUGUAGAAAAGCUUUUCAGAGAGAGCAUUCAAAGUCACUCUCUUGAAGAGCUGUUGGAAGCUUAUCAUAAUCAAGUCGAUAAACUACUUAACAAUGAGAACCAGACUAAAGCUGUAGAUCAUAUCAUUAAAGCUGUUCGAAAAAUUUGCUAUACAUUGGAUGGGGUAGAGACUCCUGCAAUUACAACAUCUGUAAAGAAGCUAAGAAGAGCAGUUAACCUUCCAAGGAGUGCGAGUCCUGAGGUGUCUUUAACAUCUUCUGAUGAGACUAGCAAGAAUGCGGUUGGUGCCUUGCAACUUGAAAACCCUCUGCAAACGAGCAUAGAUCAGCUGACUUCAGCAGUAUAUGCUCUUCUUCAACUCCACUUGAACUCGUGCAGCAGUCCCUUAAACACUCCAAAGGUUCAGAAAAGCACUAAAGAAGCAUGGACUGCCACAGAGCACCUCCAGUUCACAAUAUUUGCAGCUCACGGAAUUCUUAGUAGCUGGGUCUCUGUUUAUGAAAAAUACUAUUUGGUUUGUUCUCUGACCCACAAUGGAAGAGAUCUUUUCAAACCUGUGCAGUCCAAGAAGGUUGGCACUUAUAAGAAUUUCUUCUAUUUGAUUAAAUGGGAUGAAUUAAUAAUUUUUCCUAUACAGAUCUCUCAGUUGCCAUUAGAAUCUAUCUUAUGCCUUACCCUCUUUGGAAUAUUAAAUCAAAAUGGUGGUGGUUCGCCUGAUUCCAAUAAACAGAGAAAAGGUCCUGAGAUGUUGGGUCAAGUUUCCUUACCUCUUUUUGAUUUUAGGCGAAUGUUGACUUGUGGAACAAAACUUUUACACCUUUGGACACCUCCCACAAACCUUGUCCCUGGAGCUGUGCAUAAAAAAGGAAAUUUAAUGGAAAGAAUAGUAUUGCAGAUGGAUUUCCCUUCCUUAUCAUUUGAUAUUGUAUACAAAAUUCCUCAAGCUGCAAACAGUACCACAUGUCAUUCCAUAGAAACAUUGGAAAAAGAUUCAAGAGAACGUCUUCUUUCCAUUCUUUCCAAGGAGGGUAGACUUGGAUUGUCUAGAAAGGAUAAAGCAUUUUUGUGGGAGAAGAGACAUUAUUGCCAUACAUAUGCAAGCAGCCUUCCAAAGAUAUUGGCCAGUGCACCAAACUGGGAUAUGACAAACCUGCCUGAAAUAUAUUUGCUGCUUCAGCAGUGGCCUCCCUUACCUCCUCUAACUGCAUUAGAAUUGCUGGACUCCAACUUUGCAGAUCAGGAAGUAAGAACAAGAGCUGUGCAGUGGAUUGAGGCGAUUAGUGAUGAUGAACUUGCUGACUUUCUUCCCCAGUUUGUGCAGGCACUAAAAUAUGAAACCUAUCUGGACAACGCUCUAGUCAGAUUCCUUUUGGCCCGAGCAUUAGGAAAUAUUCGAAUAGCACACUAUUUAUAUUGGUUACUGAAGGAUGCCUUGCAUGAUAUCAAACAUGGUGUAAGGUAUGAGCAUAUCCUUGGUGCCUUCCUUUCAGUCUGUGGCAAAGGAUUGAGAGAAGAGCUGGAAAAGCAGACAAAAUUAGUACAGAUUCUGGGAACCGUGGCAGAAAAAGUAAAACAAGCAAGUGGAUCUUCCAGACAGAUUGUCUUACAAAGCGGAAUGGAGCGUGUUCAGUCCAUUUUCUUAAAAAACAAAUGCCGUUUGCCUCUCAGUCCCAGCCUUGUAGCUAAAGAACUGAAUGUCAAGGCAUGUUCCUACUUCAGUUCUAAUGCAGUACCUCUUAAACUUGCUCUGGUGAAUGCAGAUCCCUUGGGAGAAGAAAUUAAUGUCAUGUUUAAGGUUGGAGAAGAUCUGCGCCAAGACAUGUUGGCACUGCAAAUGAUAAAAAUUAUGGACAAGAUCUGGUUACAGGAAGGACUGGACCUGCGGAUGGUUAUCUUCAAGUGCCUUUCAACUGGCAAAGACAGAGGUUUGGUGGAGCUUGUUCCAGCUUCAGAUACACUUAGGAAAAUUCAAGUAGAGUAUGGAGUGACAGGGUCCUUUAAAGAUAAGCCCCUUGCAGAAUGGCUAAGAAAAUACAACCCUACAGAAGAAGAAUAUGAAAAGGCUUCUGAAAACUUCAUAUAUUCUUGUGCUGGGUGUUGCGUGGCCACCUAUGUCCUAGGUAUCUGUGACCGUCACAAUGACAACAUCAUGCUUCGAAGUACAGGACAUACAUUCCAUAUUGAUUUUGGAAAGUUUUUGGGCCAUGCACAGAUGUUUGGGAGCUUUAAGAGGGAUCGGGCUCCUUUUGUGCUGACAUCAGAUAUGGCCUACGUUAUCAACGGUGGUGAAAAACCUACCAUCCGUUUCCAGUUGUUCGUAGAUCUCUGCUGCCAGGCUUAUAACUUGAUAAGGAAACAAGCCAACCUUUUUCUUAACCUCCUAUCACUGAUGCUCUCUUCUGGAUUACCAGAACUUACUGGAGUUCAAGACUUGAAAUACGUCCAGGAUGCUCUUCAACCCCAAACUACAGAUGCUGAAGCUACAAUUUUCUUUACAAGGUUGAUUGAAUCAAGUUUGGGAAGUGUUGCCACAAAGUUCAAUUUUUUCAUUCACAACCUUGCUCAGCUGCGUUUUUCAGGCCUGCCUUCCAAUGAUGAGCCCAUCCUCUCUUUUUCUCCCAAAACACACUCGCUUAAACAAGAUGGUCGUAUCAAAGAGGUGUCUGUCUUUACAUACCAUAAGCGAUACAACCCAGAUAAAUAUUAUAUCUAUGUUGUCAGGGUUUUAAGAGAGGGGCAAAGUGAACCCACAUUCAUUUUUCGGACAUUUGAUGAAUUCCAGGAAUUCCACAACAAGCUUGGCAUCCUAUUUCCUCUUUGGAAAUUACCAGGCUUUCCUAAUAAGAUGGUUUUAGGAAGAACACAUAUAAAGGAUGUAGCAGCCAAAAGGAAGGUGGAACUGAACAGCUACAUACAAAGUUUAAUGAAUGCAUCUGCAGACGUUUCGGAGUGUGAUCUUGUUUAUACAUUCUUUCAUCCCAUACUUCGUGAUGAAAAAGCUGAAGGAAUAGAUGGAAUAGCUAAGUGUACAGAUGUGAGCCCUUCAAGUCCUACCUCGGGCAAAGUAGGAGGAGAAGUUAAACUAUCUAUCUCCUAUAGAAACAGCACUCUGUUUAUCAUGGUGAUGCACAUAAAGGAUCUGGUGACUGACGAUGGCACAGACCCAAAUCCAUAUGUGAAAACAUACCUGCUUCCGGACAUACAUAAAACCUCUAAACGGAAAACCAAGAUAUCACGGAAAACAAGAAAUCCAACAUUCAAUGAAAUGCUUGUAUACAGUGGAUAUAGCAAAGAGACCCUAAAGCAAAGGGAACUUCAGCUAAGUGUGCUCAGCGCUGAAUCGCUACGUGAGAACUUUUUCCUGGGUGGUGUCACACUCUCCUUAAAGGAAUUUAACUUGAACAAGGAGACUGUCAACUGGUAUCGACUUGCUGCUGUACCAUAUUUGUGAACCUGGCAGCUGAGAGAGGUGAAAAUAAGAACAGAAUUGAAAAAACUCAACUUCACCCGUAUUUGGUCACUUUUUCCUACUUGAAGAUAACUCACACACUUUAACAUAAAACAUGGCAAUUUGGCAGAUUGCUGUUGGACCAGCCUUCACAAAGUUUAAACAGGACUUCUGGAAAACCAGCUCUGCUUCAUGCUUUUACUGUAAUAAUAUCCAAGCAUUGCUGUAAAUGAAUUGUAUAAAUUUAAUAUCUGUGGAUAAUGAAGUUAUAAACCUUGACUAGAUGUUCCAAAUUAAAUCUAAGGGGUGUUUUGUUUUUUUAAUUAAAAAAAUAGAUUAGAUUCAGUCACAUUUAAAUUGCUUGCCUGUUGAUAUAUUGGAAGCUUGCUUUAUGCUGCUGUUAUCGGACACAGUACCAUGUCAAAAAAUAACAAAGUAAAAAAAGAUUGCUCCUUGUCAGAAAAGAGUUAGUGGCUGCACAAACUGUCAAAAGGGAGAUUUAAACAGACAGCUGGAGAUACUCCUUAGUGAACAUUUGGACUCAUUAAAUCUCUUUGAGGCUAUUAUCAGAAUGAGUGCAGUAAUGGAAGUAAUAAACAAUGGUGCCUUAUUUUGUCAUUCAGCUGCUGCUUAUACCUCAUUUCUGAUAAUUGUUUCUAAAACACUUUUUUUAUCCAGCUUGAAUGAAUGUUUGCUCACAUGGCUUGCUAUAUAAAUACUUCAUUCAACAUUCCUCCCCCCUUUUAAGUUUAUUCAGCUUCCUUAAGUCAAACUCAGAUGGCACCAAAAUGUUAAAUGCUUAUCCAGUUGACUUUGAUAAUUUUUGUGUGCCCUUAAGUUAUACCUUGAUAAACUGCCACAUUAAGAUGUACGUUGAAGCUAUUUUAUGCCAUGGUUUGCUGCAUAGCACAUAUAUUUCCAGAAAGUAAAUGUUAUGGGUUGGGUUAUGCAUUAUUUGGUAGGGAUUUGAGAUUCCGUUUCCAGGUCACUUUAAAGAGCAAAAGAGCAUAGUAUCAGCUGCCGGUUGAGAAUAAGUUGCACUAGAAACUUUGGGUGAUGUGAUUGGGCACAAUAACAGUUUUUCAGUCUAUGAGCACUAAAAGAGUAAUCCAAGCACCUUAUUCACUCCAGUAGAAAUUGACUUGCUGAAAUGCGUGGAAGAUGUUCUGCACCACCUUUUAGUGGAUUGCACUCUGAAUCCACUGAUUUUAAUUGUAUUCUAGUUUUCUACAUUUGUGUGAUACUUAAGGAUAGGUUGCUAUAAAUAAAAUUUACUAACUGGUAAAACGAAUAUUUUAAAAAGCUGAUGUAGGAAGUGUUUAGAUUGCACCAUGGCCAAUAUCCAGCAUUCGCCAUACUUUGAAUAUGCCCAGUGAAAUCAAUGGACUCAUAAUUUAAGUCCCAUUAAUUUGAUUGGGUCUACUUUGAGCAUGACCUAGUUGGAUAUCACCUGAUACAUUUAAAGCUAAAGCCCAAAUACUUCUGAAUAAAGCUGAUCUCUCAACUGUCCAUAAUAAUGAGCUUAAAGCAAAAUUAUGCAAUGAUAAAUGAGGAUAAAGUAGACAAUGACAAUCUUUAUUGCUGGGCAACUGAACUAAAAUGUGAUCUAAUUUAUUUACCCUAAAGCAUAGUGAGGUCUCCAUUUUUGGACCUAAUACUAAAAAGUGCAGGGGAGAAAUGGGAAUAACAUUUUGCUGCCUGAAAUAUUUGUGGUCCAAUUGUAAUUGUAUUUCUCAGUGUCAAAUUACAUUGUGGCUAACAAAAGCUACUUGAGGUUUAAAAAGUCCUGGUUUUAUUAGCUUUGAGUUCAGUAUGUAAAUAAUAACCUAUAUAGUAAAUAGAAUAAACUAACUAGAUUGUAUUUCCUGCUCACUUGAUGCUUUUUGAGAUGCAUUCCAUUUCAUCAAUAGAACCACAACCAGACAGGAAAGUAGACUACUGUUUUUGUGAAACGUUCCAUUGAAUUACUGGAAGCAAUAUGUACUGCUUUUUUGCAGUCUGCUAAUAGAGCACAGUAUGUUACAGCACAAAACAUUAAAAAGACUCUUGGCUGGAUGCUGGUUAGAAUAUGUAUGCUAUCAUAUGGUAGCAUUUGCCAGUGUUUGUCUAUGCCUGUGCCUUUGCCCACCUUCACCACUUUUCAAAAUAAAGUACACGUUGGUAGAUCCUUAAACUGAUUUUCAUUUAACAUUAAAAACUGUAGAGGAACAACAUUAAUUUUGCAUCUCUUGAAUUAUUUAUAGUGGUGUGAUACACAACAGAUGAUUAUCUUAGUUUGGUAUACACAAAAGGGGAGGAGGGAAUAAUUGGGUUAACAUUUAACACUUUCGUGAUUUUAAAAUGUGGUCUUAAUGGCAUUUUAUACAUUGUUAAUCAAAGAAAAUCUUAUGCAACAUGUAUGGACUUCAGCUAGAAAGAAAAUCGUAUCUAUGUACUUUUGAGGAAAACAACUUGAUGUAAGAAAAAUGACCUCCACGUUUUCUGUACUAAAUAACCUGGCUAUGACUUUGCACUGAAUUUUUUUAAAUAUUACUGCUUUUUUAUGAUCUACACAUAUAUACGAACUCUUGAAAGAUCUUUGAUAUUUCUCUAUUUUUAAAAUUAAAAUGGUGCAGAAAUCUUAGUAUGUUGCCUUAAAAACCUGAUUGCUUUUUCUAGGAUACUAUACAGUGCAGCUUUAAAAUUGAAGAAAUUUUAUUUCUGGUAUUUGCAGAGUUAGGGCACAGUAUAAUGCAGAGUUAUGUAUGCUUAAACUCAUUUACACCAAUGGGCUUAAGUCUGUUUGUUUUAGAUUGUAGCCUAUGCAUGUUACAUGGAGGAAAACUAUUCAGGCAAUAUAGCACCAUUCUCACAAUCCAUAGGAAUUUAAUUUCCUUCUGUGCUUUGUACUCUCAUACUGUGACUAAAAAAAGUAUGGCAAAGGUUCAUAGAUAAUGAAAUGCAUUGGGAGCAAAUGUAGAAGUUUGCCUUGAAUUGUCUAUUUAUCUGUAAGAACCAAAUACUUCCAUUUAUAUUACACUGAUAGCUAAUAAGGAUGUACAGUACAGUAUUUCUAUCAGUAUCCUAACCCAUAAUAUGUGGGUUAAAUGUGACUCCAUAACUGUCCUACAAUUACAUUAAACACUAUUCUGGAAUAAA